AUGAAGAAAAGUGCUGAGAAUGACAUGAAAGGCCCUCCAGGAGGUAGGAAGCAGCAUGGAGCUGAUGCUUGUCUCAAACCAGGCUCUGUCCCACUUUACACUAUGCACAGAGAGGCCAAAGCCAAGGCCAAAGCCUGCGAAGGACCUGUGAAGGAUACCACAGCCAACCAUCAAGCUGUGAUAGCCACGGGAGUGGGCACCAAAACACUUGCUCUGCCCGGCCACCUGCACAGUAACGAAGUUCUUCCUCAUGUUCAGGUGGAAGUUCCUGUGAGCCAGUUUCUGCCCACUCCAAGUCCCAGUGCUCGGCACCAGCGACAAGAGCCUGGCUCCAUCCUCUUGGCAUCCCCCGUGCUGGCGGCUGCGAGCACCUCGGCCUGGCUACACCGGGCUGCCGAGCCUGGGGAGAGCAGUGUUUUUGUAGAGAAUGAGGGCGGAUCCUGUAGACAUCCCGGCUUUUGGAGAGGGUGCUGGGCCUGCUCAGCCCCGGCCCAGCCGUGCCCUUGCUCAGCCCCGGAGGGCGCCGGGGGUGAAGCGGUGCCGUGUAAUGGCAGCGGGGGCCUGCGGCAGCCCGGGGACAGCCGGCGGCCCUCCCUCCCGCCAGCACGUCACCGAGGCGGGAGGCUGACAUCCAAAACGUGGGGCCCAGCCCCGAGCGGGGACCGCGAGUGGCAGUGCGGGGGCACGGGCGGUGCUCCAGGAGGUGUCUCAAGACCAGCGACAGCUGAGGAGAAUGCAGAUGGUAAAUAUAUUUCCCCAUUCCAUGACAUUCCCCUGUUUGCUGGACCUAAAGAGGAUAAAGAAAUUCCUGCAAAGAGGUCAAAGACUACUGGAUCUGAGGUACUGUUUAAUAUGAUUGUGGAAGUGCCUCGUUGGACAAAUGCAAAAAUGGAGAUUGCCACUGAGGAGCCGUUGAAUCCCAUUAAACAUGAUAUAAAGAAAGGCAAACUUCGAUAUGUGGCAAAUAUCUUUCCUCACAAGGGUUAUAUAUGGAAUUAUGGUGCCCUCCCACAGACCUGGGAAGAUCCAAACCAUAAGGAUGACGUUACCGGAUGUUGUGGGGAUAAUGAUCCUAUUGACAUUUGUGAAAUAGGUUCAAAGAUUCGUUCUUCUGGUGAGAUUGUUCAGGUGAAGGUCUUGGGGGUUUUAGCUCUUGUUGAUGAAGGAGAGACAGAUUGGAAGAUAAUUGCCAUCAGUGCAGAUGACCCAGAAGCUCAGAAAAUCCAUGAUAUCGAUGAUGUCAAGAAGCACAAACCAGGUUAUCUUGAGGCUACAGUUGACUGGUUCCAAUUAUAUAAAGUUCCUGAUGGUAAACCAGAAAAUCACUUUGCUUUUAAUGGAGAGUUUAAAAACAAGGAUUUUGCUGUUGAAAUUAUUAAAUCUACCCAUGAACACUGGAAAUCAUUGCUUCAUAAAAAAGCUGAUGGAGGUGCUAUAAAGUGCAUGAAUGUUCUGGUGAGUGGCAGCCCAUUUCGUUGCAGUGAGGAGGAUGCCCGAUCAAUUGUGCAGUCAGCACCAGCAUUUAUGAAUGGAGAUUCUGUUUCCCCAGAAGUUGAUUCCUGGUACUUUUUUCCCAAGUGAUCAUCAAGAUCUUCUGAAGGUGCAUCAUCAAAUCUUAAAAAUCAUCUCUUUCUUUGAAGAUAGGAAAAAGCACUGAUUGUUGGACUUCUGUUAAAACAACUUUUCAACUUGUAUAAACCUUC